GCGGGGGCUGCUGGGGUGGCGGCGGGAAAUGGGUCUCACUCGUGGGGGGUCUCUACCUGAAAGGAACACAACAUAUCCAAAUCAGCCUGAACAACUUCAAAUCGCAUGGACAUCACUGUACCUUUCUGGCUUUGCCGUCAAUUCAAAGCUGUUUAGCAGCAAUAUCCAGAGGAUGCACUUCAUGUAGCCAAUAUCUGAAUGGAUUUUGAUGAACCUUACAGCACGGAGUCCUGAUCUCAAUGGAAUUAUACCUGGAAACAUGCUUCCUCUUGUACCAAUUGCGGCUUAUGUAUGUGGACAGAGUCCUGCGUGUCCAGACUUGCCUGUGUGAGUUGCUAUAAAAAACAAACAUCUGUAUUAUUACUUCGGACUCGAUCUACCUUCAUCAGCAUCAACCUUCACCCUGAGCAGAGACAGAGCUUUGCAGUUAUUACUAUGCAGUUUGGACUAUUUUUGGUGGUGAUCAUUUUAAACUCUAUGGAUUACACUGGCAGUAGCGUCGCGAAGGGAAGGAGGCAAAGACGAAUCAGCACGGAGAUAACCCCAGUUUGUCCGAAAGGUUGUGAACUAUGUUCGGAGUACAAUGGAUGUCUCAAGUGUUUGUCCAAAUUGUUCAUUCUCCUGGAAAGGAAUGACAUUAAACAGACUGGCAUCUGCUUGCCGUCUUGUCCAAUUGGAUAUUUUGGAGUUCGGACACCAGAAAUGAACAAGUGCACAAAAUGUAAAAUUGAGAACUGUGAGGCUUGCUUUAGCAGAAACUUUUGUACGAAAUGUAAAGAGGGGUUGUACCUGCACCGAGGGAAAUGUUACGACAGCUGUCCAGAGGGCUUUGCGGCCACGAACGAUACCAUGGAGUGCAGCCACGCUGCGCAAUGUGACCUGGGUGAGUGGAGCCAGUGGGGUCCUUGCACGAAGCGGGGGAAGACGUGUGGAUUCAAACGGGGUUCAGAGACCAGGACCAGAGAGCUCCUCCAAGCACCUUCCAUAGAAGAUGUCAAAUGUCCCCCAAACAGCGAGAGCAGAACUUGCACAGUACAGAGGAAGCCUUGCUCGUCCCCUGGGAAGAAGAGAAACAAGAAAGACAGAAACAGAAAGGGAAAGAAGGACAAGAAGAACAAAGGAGGCGACAACAGUCAAAACAACAAGGAACCCAGAGAAAAGAAGCUUGGAAACAAGAAGAAGAAAGAACCCCACGGGAUUGCAACCACCACAACGACGUCCAGCUCUGUUCAAUAACAGCCUUUUAUUGCAAUGCAGACACUCUUACGCUGAUGUGUAUAAAUCAGCUUUUCUGAACUGGAGCAGUGCUACAGAGAAGAAUAAUAACAUGGCUUUUCCCUCCUCCCCCCUCCCCCACCUCUCAAAUGUCUAAGAUAAAAAGCAAAGUUAUUAUUUUGGGGACUUGCAAAUCAGAGCUCCAUUGCACCAGGCUUCAGCGUAUACAGUACCUGAGAACAGAACAGGAACAAAGUAGGUCAAAAGGACUGGUUUUAGACAAGCUCUUCAAGCAGAUAUUGUAGAGGAGGUCAGCCCAGAACCGGAGGAUAUGAUCUGACUGUUCCUGUGGCGACCAGAAAAAUGACUUGGACCGAAUGGCUUUUUGGAAAACUGCAAAUAUUCCUGUAAAUGUUUGGGCAGUUUUAAAAGAAAAUUAUGCAUUUGAACGGAAGAUGUAUACACCUAAAUUACCUGAACAGAAUGUUAGAAUUAUACAUCAUUAAACUGCUUU